AUGAGCACCACCGAGAAGCGGAAGUUUACCAGCCGCGAAGACAUGCAGAAGCAUGUCAACGGUCUUGUUGCAUCUGGUGCUAUCGUCGUUGGUCCCAGAAAGCGGCUCAGGAUUGGAGACGACGGUCUUCUCCAAGUCAUUGAUCCUGCUCGAUCCCCAAUGCUCAUGCCCUAUUCUGACGCUCGGAAGAGACUGAUUAAUGUCAUCAACUACCUGGAGUCUCCGGCCGGUCCCAAGUCUGUCGACUGGUGUAAUGCUCUCAACAAACUUCAGUUGCUCGACAGCAAGGAUGAGCGCGACGGCCAGCUGGAUAUCCGCGCUUGGAAGAUAUGCGCAGCGGCCCAUAAGGAGGCCAUCGAUGACCUCACUUACAUGGAUUUGCUAAAGAAUGCCUUCCCUGAUAAACAUGGCUAUGAUGACUGGGAAUUUACAGACAACAAUCACACUGUCAUUGAGUUCGCACAGCGGGCUUGUCGUCUGCUUGGUAUUUCCAGCUCUGGUGAAUACAGAGAGGAGGCCUGGGAUGAUGGUUUGGCCGAGGAGAUGUUGGAGAAAGAUCUGGAAGCGUACCGACUCGUCGACAGAUUCUUUAAGCUCCUCGUCGAGUUUGACAAGAGUGACUGGGCUUUCUGUGAGUACCCAUAUGGUUCAAAGGUCAGAAAAUACAUGAAGAGCUUCCGAGAACUGCAGCCGAUCAAGGCACUCGACGCGGUCAUGGAAAACGAGCAUUUUCUUAUCCUCGAGCGCAAGGCAAAAACGGCCAAACGGGCCCAAGCCAGCCAGGCCGCGCUGGUCCCACGCAAACAGCCCAGAGAGCAGGAGCAAAAUGAUGCUUCAGACUGA